AUGUUCGUACGGACCAGUGUUAUUGAGUUUCCAGAAAAAGGACAGCAGAACUUAGUGAACAUCAAGGCAAUCUACGUCAAGGACAACGCGAGGAAUGGAACCGGUGGGUACGCUACCAUCUCCUCGGGAGGCGUGGGAGAGCGUUUCGUGGUAAUUAAUCUGAAGAGUAAUAGAAGCUAUGGCUUCAACUUCACAACCACAAUUUACGGAUGA